AUAAUCAUGAAAAUCACAAAAAUUAAUUUUCCUUCCAAAAAUUGUCUGGAGAAAUAAAUGAGUCUGGUUAAAACGAGUAACUAGUUAUUUCCGUUGUCCCAUCCAAAAGCUAACAUUUGCAACGAACUCGAUCCCGCUCACCAGUUAAACAACCAGAACACCUCUCAGAUCGCCGACGGAUCAAAAUCAGAAUCGGAAAAUCCAUCUUACCACUGAUUUCAUCAUCGUUAACCUAUGGAAUCACAAGGUGGUUUAAGGGAUACAUCAGUUGUAGUCGUAACACUUGAUUCCGACGAAGUAUACAUCAUCGUGAGUCUCUGCACACGAACAGAUACACAAGUUAUAUAUGUAGAUCCAACAACCGGUAUUCUUCGCCACGAAUCGAAACGAGGAUAUGAUCUAUUCAAUUCUCAAAAAGAAGCUCACGAAUUUGUUACGAAUGGAUCGCGAAGCGGUUGUAAGAGUAGAAUUCUUGGUAGAGCUAUAUUAGGUUACGCUGCUUUGGGAAAUUUCGCUUUUCUUCUUAUUGCUACGAGGUUAAUUGCUAGUAUUCCGAAUUUGCCUGGUGGUGGUUGUGUGUAUACGGUGGGUGAGAGUCAGUGGAUUAAGAUUUCGUUGCAAAAUGCGCAGUCGCAGGGGAAAGGUGAGGUGAAGAAUAUUUUGGAAUUGACAGAGCUUGAUAUUGAUGGGAAGCAUUAUUUUUGUGAGACUAGGGAUAUUACUCGCCCUUAUCCUAGUCGAAUGCCGGUUAAUCAGCCUGAUCCGGAGUUUGUUUGGAAUGCUUGGUUUUCGAAACCCUUUGUUAAUGUUGGGUUGCCUUCACAUUGUGUUACUCUCUUGCAGGGGUUUGCAGAAUGUCGAAGUUUUGGAAGUUCAGGUCAGCUAGAAGGUGUUGUUGCUCUUACAGCUCGUAGGAGCAGGUUACACCCUGGCACUCGAUACUUGGCGAGGGGGCUAAAUUCAUGUUUCAGUACAGGAAACGAAGUGGAAUGCGAGCAACUCGUUUGGGUCCCUAAAAGAGCUGGUCAAAGUGUACCUUUUAACACAUACGUGUGGCGAAGAGGAACAAUUCCUAUCUGGUGGGGUGCAGAACUGAAAAUCACUGCUGCAGAAGCUGAAAUUUAUGUUUCAGAUUGUGAUCCUUAUAAAGGAAGUGUGCAAUAUUAUGAAAGACUGAGUAAGAGAUACGAUGCUCGGAAUCUAAAUAUACGUGCUGGUGAUAAUUCAAAUCGAAAAGCUUUGGUUCCUAUUGUAUGCAUUAACUUGCUUCGAAAUGGAGAAGGAAAGUCGGAGUGUAUUUUGGUUCAACAUUUUGAAGAGUCUUUAAACUUUAUUAGAUCAACUGGGAAGCUCCCCUAUACUCGGGUCCAUUUGAUAAAUUAUGACUGGCAUGCCAGUGUAAAAUUAAAAGGUGAACAACAAACAAUUGAAGGGUUGUGGAAACUUCUAAAAGCACCCACUAUAUCCAUAGGCAUAUCUGAAGGAGAUUACUUGCCUUCGCGACAACGGAUAAAUGAUUGCAGAGGUGAAGUCAUCUGCAAUGAUGAUUUUGAAGGUGCAUUCUGCUUAAGAACACAUCAAAAUGGGACCGUUCGUUUUAAUUGUGCCGAUUCUCUGGACAGGACCAAUGCUGCUAGUUUUUUCGGUUGCCUCCAAGUCUUCACAGAGCAAUGUAGACGGCUGGGAAUAUCACUUGAUAGUGAUAUGGCACUUGGUUAUCAUUCAAUGAAUAAUAACUAUGGUGGAUAUGUUGCUCCACUGCCACCUGGAUGGGAGAAGCGAUCUGAUGCGGUGACCGGAAAAACAUAUUUUAUUGACCAUAAUACCAGAACAACCACAUGGAUGCAUCCAUGUCCUGAUAAACCAUGGAAGAGAUUUGAUAUGGCAUUUGAGGAGUUUAAGAGAUCAACAAUUCUGUCUCCUGUAUCUCAACUAGCUGACCUUUUUCUACUUGCUGGUGAUAUUCAUGCAACUCUUUACACCGGGUCUAAAGCAAUGCACAGCCAAAUACUUAACAUAUUCAACGAAGAUUCAGGAAAGUUUAAACAGUUUUCUGCUGCACAGAAUAUGAAAAUCACUCUGCAAAGACGAUAUAAGAAUGCAAUUGUGGAUAGCUCUCGUCAAAAGCAGUUAGAAAUGUUUCUCGGAAUGAGGCUUUUCAAGCAUCUUCCAUCAAUUUCUCUUCAACCUCUACAUGUACCAUCUCGGCCAUCUGGUUUCUUUCUCAAGCCAGUUGCUAACUUAUUUCCUAUUUCUGGUAGUGAAGCUAGUCUUCUGAGUUUCAAGGGAAAAAAUGUAGUCUGGAUUUCUCCACAGCCUGCCGAUGUAGUUGAAAUCUUUAUAUAUCUUGGUGAGCCUUGCCAUGUUUGUCAGCUUCUUCUCACAAUAUCCCAUGGUGCAGAUGAUUCAACUUAUCCAUCAACAGUUGAUGUACGGACAGGACGCCAUUUAGACGGGCUUAAACUGGUUUUGGAGGGUGCUUCUAUACCACAGUGUGCAAGUGGGACUAACCUAUUAAUACCCUUACCUGGGGCAAUCAGUGCAGAAGAUAUGGCUAUAACUGGAGCAAACUCUCGUCUCCAUGCCCAAGAUACACCACCCUUGUCAUUACUGUAUGAUUUUGAGGAGCUUGAGGGAGAGUGGGAUUUCCUUUCGCGUGUUGUGGCACUAACAUUAUAUCCUACGGUAUCUGGAAGAAAACCAUUAACGCUGGGUGAGAUUGAAAUCCUUGGAGUUUCUGUUCCUUGGAGGGAUGCAUUUACCAAUGAAGGCCCGGGUGCAAAAUUAACCGAUCAUGUCAAGAAGUUCCAAGAGGAGCCUAAUAAUCCCUUUUUAUCUGGUUCAGAUAUGAAUCCAUUUAAUUCUUCAUCCACUGAAAAUGUGUCACCACCUAAUCAAAAAGGAACUUCUCCGGACUUUUUUAUUGACCUCCUGUCUGGGAAUGACCCACUUCCACACCCACUUGCGCAGCCAGUUACUGAAAAUUUUGCCCACAAGGAAAGUGACUCUCUUGAUUUCUUGGACCAGAAUGUUGAAUAUAAUGGCCAAAUUGAUGGUAAAAUUUCAUCAGAAGAUACAAAACAUUCAGAUACUAUCACCGAACAAUAUUUAAAAUGCCUGAAAUCUCUUGCAGGGCCGAAUCUGCAAAGAAAGCUUGACUUCACUGAAGCCAUGAAACUUGAAAUAGAACGCCUAAAGUUGAAUCUUUCUGCUGCUGAAAGAGAUAAAGUCCUACUAUCUGUUGGAAUGGAUCCUGCAACAAUAAAUCCUAAUGCACUGCUUGAUGAAGCUUACAUGGGAAGAUUAUCUAAGGUUGCAAGCAAUCUUGCCCUGCUUGGAGAAGCCUCUCUUGAAGAUAAGCUUAUUGCUGCAAUUGGUCUUGGGACUGUUGAUGAUAAUCCAAUAGAUUUCUGGAAUAUUAUCAGAAUUGGGGAAACCUGUUCAGGUGGUAAGUGUGAGGUGCGCGCUGAAAUUAAAAAAUCAGUUCAUUCAUCUAACAUAGUGUCAUCUGGUGAGGCUUCAGAGCCAGUAUUCCUGUGUUCUCAAUGUGAAAGGAAGGUUUGUAGAGUUUGCUGUGCUGGGAGAGGGGCACUUCUGCUUGGUGCAUCAAGCCAAAGUGGCCCAGUUGACUUGCCUAUAAACCGCUUAUUAGCUCGGGAUGGCAUAAUUUGUAAACGAUGCUGCCAGGAUAUUGUGCUCGACACUCUGAUUUUGGACUAUGUGAGGGUUCUGAUUAGCUUAAGAAGAAAAGACCGUGUGGAAAAGGCUGCCUACAAUGCUUUGAAGCAAAUCAUUGGGUCGUCAUGGGAUUGUUUUCUGGAAAAAAAUCAGGUCCCUGAUAGACAGUCAGCUGGUAAAGCUUUGCAGCUGUUACUGAAUGGAUGUGAAUCCCUGGCCGAGUUUCCUUUUGCCAGCUUUUUACACCCGGUUGAAACAGCAGCAAAUUCAGCUCCAUUUUUGUCAUUGCUUACUCCAUUUAAUUAUGGUUCACGGUUAUCAUAUUGGAAAGCUCCAUCUAGUGUGACCUCUGUUGAAUUUGGAAUUGUCCUAGGUAACAUUUCUGAUGUUAGUGGGGUUACAUUGAUAGUCAGCCCAUGUGGCUACUCGAUGGCUGAUGCUCCAACUGUGCAAAUUUGGGCAAGUAAUAAAAUACACAAGGAAGAAAGAUCGUUAAUGGGAAAAUGGGAUCUACAAUCUAUGAUUAAAGGUUCCUCAGAUUUAUGUGGGCCAGAAAAGCCAGGAACAGAACAUAAAGUGCCUAGACAUGUGAAGUUUCUCUUCAAAAGUUCUAUUCGGUGCCGCAUAAUUUGGAUUAGUUUGCGCCUCCAGCGACCUGGUUCAAGUUCCAUAAAUAUUGGAAGUGACUUCAAUCUGCUAUCUCUUGACGAGAACCCUUUUGCACAGGAAACUCGACGGGCUUCUUUUGGAGGAUCUGCUGAAAGCGAAUCCUGUCUUCAUGCCAAGAGGAUUUUGGUGUUUGGGAACCCCAUUAGAAAGGAAACGGAUGUUAAUCUUAAUUCAUAUCAAAGCCCUGACAAGUUAAACUUGACAGGGUUUAUGGAAAGAACUCCACAGCUAAAUAGAUUCAAGGUUCCAAUUGAGGCUGAAAGAUUGAUGGACAAUGAUCUGGUCCUGGAGCAGUAUCUGUCUCCUGCUUCUCCUCUGCUCGCUGGGUUUCGUCUAGAUGUCUUUAGUGCAAUCAAGCCUCGGGUUACCCAUUCACCUUUGUCAGAUGUACACAACCCACAUUUUUCUUCAAUUUUUGAUGACAGAUACAUCAAUCCAGCUGUAUUAUACUUACAAGUUUCUGUUCUCCAGGAAAACCAUACCAUGGUAAUUAUUGGCGAGUACCGAUUACCAGAGGCCAGGGCUGGAACGCCAAUGUACUUUGAUUUUCCCAGACAGAUACAAAGUCGCAGAAUUUCAUUCAAACUACUUGGAGAUGUUGCCGCAUUUACUGAUGACCCAUCAGAACAAGAUGAUUCUGGUACUAGAAUUUCUCCAUUGGCGGUAGGGCUAUCUUUGUCCAAUAGAAUAAAGCUGUACUACUAUGCCGAUCCAUACGACCUUGGUAAAUGGGCUAGUCUUACAGCAGUUUAAUCUUGUGUCAGUCCCAGCUUAUUGGCAUUAAUUGAUUAUGUAAAGCUUUUUCAAAUUUUUGUUGUAUCAUGGUAUGUAAAAUUCAUUCAUUGAUGUAAUAAUAUUAUAGGAUUAUGCUGUUAGGAACAUUAGCAAUGUUAUUUCUAGCCACUUUUGAUUUAGCUUGGAAGUUGAGAGUUUCGUUUGAGGUUGAAGGUUCAAUUUUAUAAGUUUUAGUCUACCACGGAGGUGAAUUUCAUUUUUUUUUCCUCCACCCAUUCUUCAAUGUAUUUGUUUCCCCUUUUUUAUUUUAUUUCCCAAUAUAGUACAUGUACCCAAAAUAUAGUCACUGGUUGGAAUGAUUAUACAUUUUAUGUAUAUGUUAAUUAAUUAAUUUUGAGUUCUUGCUGGAUAA